GCUGAUGAAGUCAAGACAUGAAGUUAAGAGAAAUGAGCUUUUAAGUAAGUAACUAUUAUUAAUUCAGUUUGCAUGUGUUGCAGUGUGUACGUUUGAACUCUAAUGGAAAUAUUAUCGAGAGAACUAAUAAAUCGAUACGUUAGACUCGGUAUUUCUAAAUAGUUUGGGGAUUUUUCCAGUCAGAAAACACAGUAGCUUUGCAAAGAACGUGUUUCUUACCUGUACUACUAGGUAGGCCUAAUAAUAUCACCGCAGUUACUGGUUUCAUGUGCAAUAAUCUUAAUUUACACAUGGAAGAUAAUUAGUUCCACUUUCGAAGAAACGUCCUGGACUUUAUCUUUCAUGUAGCCUUGAAGCCUUCUAAUGCAGCGUUGACCUGAAACACUCCGGACGAUACAUGACACGAGUUUCCCUUUGCUGUCACAGUGUCUCCAGCACCGACGGGACGAUGGAGAAAAAGGGAAGCAUGGUUGAGGUUUUUGGGGUGCCAGAUGUUUUACCAGCUGACAGGACAGCUGAUAAACUGCAGAUUUAUUUCCUCACAGCCAGACAUGGAGGAGGAGAUGUGCUGAAGGUGCAGUACCCCUGUUACCAGCCGGGACAGGCUCUCAUCACGUUUGAGGAGCCAGAGGUUGCUGCUCGAGUCUUGCGAAAGGGCUCCCAUGUGUUAGAGGUGAAUGGUCAAAAAUAUCGUCUAACAGUGAAAGCACCUGAGCAUCUUGAGAUGGAUUUACCAGUGGAGGCAACGGUACAUUUGAAUAUUUUCCACAAUAAGGCGGAGGUACGAGAAAUCCUCGGGUCAAAUGGCUUUGCGGUGACAGAGCUGAGCAGCGAUCAGGUGCGUGUCAAGGGGUGGUUUCUCAAACUUAAGACUGUGAAGGCGUCUUUGGAGCAGCUUCAACAAUCACAAACUAAGAUGGUCACCACGCCAGUCCCAAAGGCUUCCUCUGGAGCCAUUUCCAAAUGCCACACCAGCAACAGCUCAGUGACACAUGGUAACAGAAGGCAGUUAGGAUCCCGAGAAAUGACUCCGCAGGCUCCUCCAUCUUCACCCGCCACCUCCUCAUCCUGGGACUAUGGCUCUCCCAAAAAACAACCAACCUCUCCAGAGUACGGAUCUUCUUUUUCUCCAAGGCCAGACCAGCGUGGCUCAUUCAGAAGGGAGUCCUUCGUCGUUGAUGCAGAUGUGUUUAGGUAUGCAGACCGGCUCAGGAAAAAAGACAUUGAAGGCAUCUUAAACAGCCAUGAUGUUACAAUGGACGCAAAGGAAAUUGGUGAUAGCUUCAAGAUCACUUUACUGGGGAAAAGUGUGGGACUAGCUGUCUGUAAACUACAGAGCCUCCUGAAUGAUCUCAACAAAUCACUGCGCACACAGGAAGUUCCUCUGAAGGACGUGGUUCGCGAAGGCCGGGCUCUUUUAGAAAGAAUUCGCAAAGACGAAAACAUUUACAAUUUAGUGCUUGUAUGUCCGUUUAAUGACAAACUUCAGCUGAUAGGCCCGUCUGGCGAGAGCUACGAGUUAAAGCGGAGGCUGUUGGGGAGGUCAGGUGACCAGUCAGGACGUACAGGCUGGACACCCUCCAGGAGGAGGAGCAGCUCUCUUCCACCAAUCAGAAACAAGAACACAGAUAGAGAUAGCGGUGCCACCACUUAUCCAUCUCCUGUUGUAGCUUCAGGUUACUCUCCGUCAAAGCACCGGGAUGAUAAACAGGAAGGUGCUGAGCCAAAGCGGGGACCUACUGCUAGUUAUGGUCCAAGUGGAGCUUUGAGGCGAAGAAGCAACUCUGAGUCCCGCGGAAAACCCCGGGCAGAAAGCAAUAAUGUGCAAGAGGUUGUAACCAAACCUCGCAAAUCACCCAAGAAAGCCUUAAUGCAAUUUAUGCCAGAAGCUAUAAAGAACAAAUUGAAAUCUAUGGGAAAAUAAAAAACAUAACUGAUAUAUUAUCAGAGAUGUUCAUAAAGGUAG